GUGCGCAACGUGUGUUGCGUUUUUGCCUAUAGUAUAUGUAUAUAGGUUAUUGGUAUAAUUGAGUACACGUUGAAUUAUUUGACGGUACUUCCAAUAAGUCGUUGACGCGUGUGGUCACAAGAACGGUACUUUUAAUCGCGGAAAAUAAUGGUUGUGGUAAAAGGUCGCAAGAAUUCAAAUAAAAAUCCUCCUAUAUUCAGUCAUGAAUUCGUUAUCCAAAAUCAUGGAGAUAUUGUUUCUUGUGUGGCUAUGAUCUUCGUAACGGGUUUAAUGGUGCAGGCCACAUCACCAUGGGCAUAUACAUUUAUUGCUAUUCAUCACAAUAUAACUUCAGAUAUUGAAGAUCCGACUAUGCCAAUGAAAUAUACUACUGGUUGGAAAGAUGCAUGUGCUGUAUUUUUCUCUCUCUUGAUAACAAUUGUAAUGCACGCCGUAUUUCAAGAUUAUAUAUUUGAUAAAGUUUCAAAACGUCUACAUCUUAGUAAAGUAAAACUUGCUAAAUUUAAUGAAUCCAGUCAACUUGUUGUAUUUUAUAUACUGUCUAUUAUAUGGGGUAUAGACAUAAUUAUCAGAGAGAACUUGUUAUUAAACAUACCUUUAUUGUGGAAGGAAUACCCUGUGCCAAUGUCUUUUUCCUCAAAAUUGUUCUUUAUUUGUCAACUUGCUUAUUGGUUGCAUUGUUACCCUGAAUUAUAUUUUCAAAGAGUAAAGAAGGAAGAUAUACCUCCUCGAGUUGUACAAGCAACUAUUGGAUUCUUUUCCACUGUUGCAGCUUAUAUCUUUAAUUUCCAGCAAGUAGGAAUCUUACUAUUAGUUUCACAUUACAUAGGAGAUGCUUUGCUUCAUGGAGCUAGGCUUGUACAUUUUGUCGGUAAAAAAGAAAAGGUGACAAAAAUGGCAUUCCUCGUUGCUAACUCGGUGUAUGUUUUCGUACGCGUGGCAACGUUGACUAUUGCAACGUUAGUGUUUCUGUAUGGUUUGGGCCAAAUUGAAAGUGUAUUCAAUUUCGCAACUGGAAAUUUUAAUAUUCCAGUCAUAAGGUUUACAGCUUUGACCUAUAUCAUUAUCUUCCAAACGUACCUUUCUUAUGUAUUUAUUUCGAGGCAACUUAAGCGUGCCCGUGAAAAUGUAGUUCCUAUACAAGCAACAGUAAAAUCAAAACAAAAGCCAAGGAAAAAAGAAGGAAAAAAAAUUGCCACGUCCGAGGAUGACGAUCUGCCGGAAGUUGACCAAGCGACUAAGAAAAAUCUUAGAUCUCGUUCAUCUACGAAAGCUAAAUAAAUAUGUAGUAAAGUAAGAAAUUUUUAUCUAAGGCUGAUUACACAAAAGUACCUAUUUCAUUUAUCUAUGUUUGUAUUGUAAAUAAGGUUUCUGAUAUUAGUAUUUAUGAAAAUUUCCAUUAUGUUAAUAUCAUUUUAAAAUGCGAAUUACCAUGUGACCUUCACAUAUAUAUUUCACGUUUGUAUUAAGCGUAUAUAAACAUUAGACUUUGUAUGUGAAAGUUUUAUAAUUUUACAUAUUCAAGAGCAUAAUUUACACAAACUUUCCGUUUAUGCUCCGAAAUCAGUAAUUCUUAAUGCGAUUGAUUUAAUAAUCUUAUAUGUAUGAUAUACUUAUACUUCUAUGAUUAUGUAUGACUAUGCUUCACAAUAACAAAAAAAUAUAACAAUAAAGCGUAAAAUAACAUCAUA